AGUCGGGCGAGCGUGGCGCUGUGCGCCGCCAACUCCCUCCUUCCGCACAAUGCCCGGGGCAGCAAAAAAGCAGCUUUAAAAUGUCAAGGCUGGAUCCAAUUUGCCAGCGAGCGGGCGAGCGGCUGAGGAUGCUGCGGGCCGAGGCGGCAUCUCCGCGGGGCUGAGGCUGCCCGGCGCACCAUGAAACUCUACUGCAAAGUGGUGGCCUUGGCGCUCUGCCUGGGCAUCCUGCUCUUGCUGUACCUCUUCGUGGGCAACGCGGACGAGCCGCCCUUACAAGUUGCAAAGGGGGCUCCCUCGGCGCGCGUUUCCUCCGGGCCGGGGGCGGACGGGGCCGGGGUCCGACCUGUCCCGCCCGCGGCGGAGCUAGAGGAGGAAGAGGCGGCUCAGGUUUCCAGGCGGGAGCCACGUCUGCACAAGAAGCCCGGCAAACGGAGCGCUGCUCGAGGGAAGUUUGCAAGCGUUAGGAAGCCAAAGGACCAGAAACCAUCUACAGUUCAACUGUCAACCCCACAGUGUAUGCAUCUGGCUGUUGUAGCAUGUGGUGACCGGCUGGAAGAAACUCUCAUCAUGCUGAAAUCAGCAGUUCUUUUCAGCAACAGGAAGCUCAAGUUUCAUAUAUUUGCUGAAGAUUCCCUGAAGCCUGAAUUUGAGAGAAAAUUGCAGGACUGGCCUUCCUCUCACACAAAGAAGUUUGAGCAUAAAGUCUACCCAAUUGCCUUUUCUGUUGGAAAUGCUCAGGAAUGGAAAAAAUUAUUCAAGCCAUGUGCUGCCCAACGCCUCUUUCUUCCGAUGAUUUUAAAAGAUGUGGAUUCCCUUCUGUAUGUGGACACAGAUGUUCUAUUCCUACGGCCCAUUGAUGACAUCUGGGACUUUCUGAGAGUAUUUAAUUCUACCCAGUUGGCUGCAAUGGCACCAGAACAUGAAAUACCAAAGAUUGGCUGGUACAGUCGGUUUGCUCGUCAUCCUUAUUAUGGAACAACUGGGGUCAAUUCUGGUGUCAUGCUGAUGAAUUUAACCCGCAUAAGAAAUGCCCAGUUCAAGAACAGCGUGAUACCAACAGGCUUGACGUGGGAAGAAAUGUUGUACCCUUUAUACCAGAAGUACAAAAACUACAUUACAUGGGGAGACCAGGACUUGCUCAAUAUCAUUUUUUCCUUUAAUCCAGAGUAUCUGUAUCUGUUCCCCUGUCAGUGGAACUAUCGACCAGAUCACUGCAUGUACGGGAGUAACUGCAAAGGAGCAGAGGAAGAAGGCAUAUCUAUUCUUCAUGGGAAUCGGGGUGUCUACCAUGACGAUAAGCAGCCUACUUUCAAAGCACUAUAUGAAGUGAUACGCGAUUUUUCCUUCGAAGACAAUCUCAUUCAAUCAAUGUACUACCCUCUCCAGUCGAAGUUCCUUGAUACUGUACACACUUUAUGUGGCCGACUGCCUCAGAUUUUUCUGAAACAGAUCGAGAAAACCAUGAAGAAAGUCUAUGAAAACAAAGUGGUUGUCAACAUCGGGGCCAAUUUCAGAUUGUAAUUAUAGCGAUAUAUUUUAAUGCAGUCUUCACCUUUUCAUCCAGACCUCCUGAAGAAGAUUAACUGAAGGAAUAAUGUUUUAGACAGCUGCAGCUUCAGCAAAAUAUAUAUUGUGGGUGGGGGGUGGGGGAUUGAAUGCUGAACACACAAUCCAUGAACUUGCUAAUGAAGAUGAAGAUGGUGUAAAAAAGAAUCCAAGAAUUUCUGUUAGUAUCUGAUGACAUUCUUUGGAAAUGAACGGUAAGAGCAAACGUUUAUGCUUUUGUAUGAGGUUUACAAAGCACCGUGUCUGCAUUAACUCCCACUGAAAUGAAGGGCCCUCUUCAGAGAGAAAACAAGACUAUCAAGAAAACAAGACUAUCAAAAUUUCCCAAACUCAUACAUAAAAUAAUACAUGACUGUUGGUAUUAAACAUUACCAAAGUUCCUCUGAUCAGAUAAGAUUCUCCAGCACUGUUGAAAAGGUCAGGCCAUGCACAUUCUGCAGCACCUCAGAGCAGGCUCCUGCCAUGGAAAACUUUGUGCUCAGUUUCCAUCAUUCUGUUCUUGCCCUCUUCCCACCUCAAAGCUACCAGCUCAGGUGAGAGCAAGAUGACCGAGGGAAGCAAAGUGUGCUUCGGCGUCCUGCCUCAGAAGCCUGCUCUAAGCCAGAACAACAGACUUCAUAUCAGUUUUCCAGAGAGAAGUAAAAAUGAAGGAUUUGUAAUAUGGCUGCAUGCUUGCAAGCUGGCAUACCGCUGCCAUUUUAGCCCAAGGUUAUCCUCUCUAGGAAAAUGGGUAUGGUUGCUACAGGAGUCCGCAAGUAUAGUGCUGUUCCUGGCAAUGGUCUACCUGGAACUGCUGAUAUCUGCACAGAUAAGGCCACACCACUAAGACUCUAAAGCAUGGAGCCAACUAUCUGUAGCUUUCGUUUCUGCUAUACUAGAAUUACACACAUAAACACAAAGUCCAUGUGGCCCAUUUUUGUCCCCAAAUAGAAUGCUGAGGACUCAAGCAGCGUGAUGUACUCACCCUUUUUGAAUUCACCUACAUCCUCUUAUAAAUUCUACUGCCCAUUUUUUUAAGGGAGGCAAAUUUCUGCUCUGACUUAUGAGUACGGAAUCCCCUCCCAAGAACUUUCUGUGCAUGGAUAGCUAAGGAAUCCCUUGUGGAUUGGCCACUUCAUUUUUCUGUAUGUGUAUAUAUGUAUAUAUGUGUGAGAUUUAUAUUUAUAUGCUAUGGCUUUAUGGAAUAUCUGCAGGGGCAGCCCAUCUGUUCUCACAGACUAGUUAUACACAUUUCAGUGCAGGAGCCAACUUGGACUUACGGGGAUUUCACCAGCAUUGGCAAGGCUCUGACAAUCUUUUCCAAAGCACAGUUUUCAUUGCCAGUAGUUGGGGUUGCUCACUCUGAGUUAAGGAGUUCCUGAAGAUUCUGUGGUGGAACUGGAGAGGGUUAGAUUUGGGGAGAGAUGUCAGUGGGCUAUAAUGCUAUAGAGCAGGGGUCCGCAACAUUUUUCAGCCUCAGGACACCUUUGGAAUUCUAACACAGCUAUAAAAUGGGCACAGUUAAUGGCUGCCACACAGUGGAUGCCAUAAGAAAUGGCACCUGUCAAAAAUGACUGCUACAGCUUACUGUCAAUCUUACAGUGAUGGUGGUAGCUGCUGCCAAUUCAGCAUUUUUUUUUAAAAAAAAAAAUCUGCACAGCAAUCCAGUGUCCAAUCAAAACUAUUGUUGGGCAAAAUUCUUACCACUUUCUAAAAAUACUUGGUGGGCACUAGGAAUUGUGUCAGUUAACCCCAUGGUGCCCUUGGGCACCAUGUUGAGGACCUCUGUCAUAUUGUCCGCUGUCCAAAGCAGCUAUUUUCUCUAGGGCCAU